AUGGAUCGAUUUCUAAGUAUAUUUCAAUUGUUAGUCAUUUUUGGUUUAUUUUUCUCUUUUAUUAAUGGACAAAAUAACCAAAUUAAAUGUUGGUCUUCAUCAACAGUAUAUAAAAUUUCCUCUCUUAAUGAUAAUAAUACUAAUUGGGAAAUUAAUUCUACUGAAAUAGAACUUGUAAAAGAAUGUCAUCUAUCAUUUGUACAAAAAAUUACUAAUAAGGCAUGUUCUGCAUUAGCAAUUUCAUCUUUGAGACAACCAUCAUUUGCACAAAAAUAUGGUUAUGGAUUUUUAGCAGUUUUUAUCAUAAGUGCUCUUUCAUUAGCUGGUUUUAUAGCAUUUCCAUUAAUGAAAAAACCUUAUUAUAAAUAUUUAAAUGCUUUUUUUACUGCACUUGCUGUUGGAACGCUUUUUGCUGAUACUGCAUUUGAACUAUUACCUGUCAUUAUUGAAUAUGGUUUAACAUCAUCUCACCUACAUCAACAUGGUCGAUUAAUAGUAAAUGAACAAUUGAGUGGAAAAAUACAAAUACCUAUUUUUCUUUGGCAAAUGGUUAUUCUUGUUCUUACUGCUUAUGUAUUUUAUGUUAUUGAACUUAUCAUACACGCUUUCAUGCAUCAUCGACAUCAUCAUGCAAAAGAUUCAUAUGGUCUUAAUGAAUUUUCAACACCUGAAAGGAGUGAAUUACCGAGUGAAACAUUAUCAAAAUCAAAUGGUAAUCUUCCAACUAUUUCUACUAAUACUUUACCUAAUUUGACUAUAGCGGCUGACGAACGACAAACAAAAAGUACCGGUUGGAUGAUAAUUAUUGGUGAUGGUAUUCAUAAUGUAGCUGAUGGUCUUGCUAUUGGAGCAGCUUUUUCUGAAAAUAUUAUGUUUGGUGUGACAACAGCAGUUGCUAUUGCAUGUCAUGAACUACCAACUGAACUUGGUGAAUAUAUGGUUUUAAUUGAAUCAGGUUUUACACUUCGUCGAGCACUUCUUUUCAAUUUUAUUUCGGCUUGUACAGCUAUUAUUGGCUUUUUUAUCGGAGCUAGUGCCGCUCAAAAUGAAGCUGCUCGUACAUGGAUUUUUGCUAUUACUGCUGGUACAUUUGCUUAUAUUGCACUGGUUGAUUUAUGGCCAACAUUGAUGCCUCGCACAACUAAAUUUGAUUGGAUUCGAUUUAUUUGUGUUACGUUCGGAUAUUUAUCAGGUGUUUUAAUUAUGUUUAUUUUAACUAUCUUUGAAGAACAAAUUGUAAGGUCAACAGGAGGAAAUUAA